AUGCCGCAGAUGCCACAGGGAAUCAUCAAGGGCGGUCAGGAUGACCUGAAGCUCUCGUCUAAGGAACUUCUCCGCAACCAGGCUUACAUCAAUGGCCAAUGGGUCGACGCCAAGUCCGGUAAGAAGCUCGAGGUUAUCAACAAGGCGACGCACGCUGUCAUUGGACAUGUGCCUGACAUGGCGGGCGAGGAGACCAAGUCGGCCAUCGAAGCAGCACACGCUGCCUUCCCGGCCUGGCGCUCCAAGACGUCCAAGGAGCGCGCGGAUCUCCUCUAUGCCCUCUACGCCGAGCUCAAUGCCAAUGCCGAAGACCUGGCCAAGAUCAUCGUAGGGGAGAACGGCAAGUCUCUCGCCGAGGCCAAGGGUGAGGUCGGCUACUCGAACUCCUUCAUUCAAUGGUUCGCCGCAGAGGCCCAACGCACCUACGGGCACGUCAUCCCCGCCCCUCUUCCCGGCGUACGCAACGUCGUAGUCAAGCAGCCUAUCGGUGUUGCCGGGCUGAUCACCCCCUGGAACUUCCCCGCCGCCAUGAUCACGCGUAAGGUCGGGCCUGCACUUGCCGCUGGGUGCACGACGGUCAUCAAGGCCCCUGCUGAGACGCCCUUCUCUGCUUUGGCCCUUGCUCACCUCGCUGAGAAGGUCGGCAUCCCCAAGGGAGUCAUCAAUGUGGUUACCUGCGCCAAGGGCGAGAACGAGGCUGCAGUAGGCAAGGAGAUCUGCGAGAACCCAAUCGUCAAGAAGAUCUCCUUCACCGGCUCUACACGUGUCGGCAAGAUCCUCUUCUCGCAGUGCGCUUCGACCCUCAAGAAGAUGAGCAUGGAGCUCGGUGGCAAUGCUCCUUUCGUCGUCUUCGAGGAUGCCGAUCUGGAGAAGGCCGUCGAGGGGGCCAUUGCGUGCAAGUUCCGCGCUUCAGGACAGACGUGCGUGUGCGCCAACAGGAUCUACGUACAUGAGAAGGUCUACCAUGAGUUUGCCAAGAAGCUUGCUGCCAAGGUCGAGGGCUUCAAGGUGGGUAAUGGACUCGAGCAGGGUACAACUCAUGGCCCGCUGGUCAACCAAGUGGGGCUGGAGAAGGUCGAGGGACACGUCAACGACUCGAUCAAGGCUGGCGCAAAGGUUCUUAUCGGUGGCAAGCGCGGAGAAGGCACAUUCUUCGAGCCCACCAUCCUCACGGACCUGCCACACAAGCCCCCGACAGACUAUGAGGAGACCUUCGGGCCUCUGGCCGCGCUGUACAAGUUCAACAGCGAGGAGCAGGUCAUCAAGAUGUGCAACGACGUCGAUGUUGGGCUCGCUGGAUACUUCUUUACCAAUGACCUGAACAGGGCUUGGAGGGUCGCAGAGGCGAUGGAGGUGGGCAUGACGGGUAUCAACACGGGCAUCUUGAGCCAAGCUUCGGUGCCUUUCGGUGGUGUCAAGGAGAGUGGGUUUGGCAGGGAAGGUUUCAAGGGCAUUGAGGAGUACAUGACGGACAAGCUCAUGGUGUAUGGGGGCAUCAACUGA